GUUCUACAAAUGAAGAGUCCAGCCAAAGGACUUUUUGUGUUUUUCCCCGAACGGAUUUCACCCUAAUUAUUAUCUGGCGUUGACGGAUAACACACGGCCAUUUUUCGUAGAGGCCCGUGUUCAGAAGUGUUUGAAUUGUUGAAUUUGGUUCCUCCAAAGAAAAGGAUUGUUGAAUUUGGAAAACUUAUCCAAUUUGGAAAACUUUCCAUCACCCACCACCACCAGAAAAAAGAAAAAAGAAGAAAAAAAACAAAGGGAGCGUUCUGUCAUGCACUGAUCACUACUAAGCUUGUUACCAGUUCUCCACAUGGAAGUCGAGCAAACGCCUAAUUUUGAUAGAUUACAGCAGCUCAAAGCCUUUGAUGAGUCACAAGCAGGAGUUAAAGGUCUAGCGGACGCCGGAAUUUCAAGAAUUCCAAGCAUUUUUGUCCGGCCGGCAGAUGAGCUCGCCCGAGACUACCCAGUAUCGGAUACCAAUUUGCAAAUUCCGGUGGUGGACCUCGCUGGCCGGAGGGAGGAGGUGGUUGAGAAGCUGAAGACGGCUGCCAGGUCCAUGGGAUUUUUCCACGUGGUGAACCAUGGAGUUCCCGCGCGGGUGUUGGGGGAAAUGCUGAGUAGGGCGCGCGACUUUCAUGAGCUGCCGCAUGAAGAGAAGCGCGUGUAUUACACGCGCCAGACAAGUAAGAAGGUCCAGUACACCAGUAAUUUUGAUUUGUACAAGUCUAGGUCUGCCAACUGGAGGGAUACUCUGUUCUGUGUUAUGGGACCUGAGCCCCUUGAUCCUCUUGAGUUGCCUGAGGUCUGCAGAGACAUAAUCAUGGAGUACACUGAGCAAAUGAGAAAACUUGGGACUGCUCUAUUUGAAUUAUUGUCCGAGGCACUUGGGCUCAAAAGUGAUCAUCUCAUGGGCAUAGAUUGUGCAGAGGGGCAGGCAGUCUUGUCUCACUAUUACCCAGCUUGUCCUGAGCCUGAACUUACUAUGGGCACUAGCAAACAUUCUGACCCUGAUUUUCUUACAAUUCUUCUUCAAGAUCAUAUUGGAGGACUUCAGGUACUUCACCAAAACCACUGGGUGAAUGUUCCUCCUGUAGCAGGAGCUUUAGUUGUGAAUGUUGGUGAUCUCUUGCAGCUUAUUUCCAAUGAUCAGUUUAUAAGCGUAGAGCAUCGAGUUCGAGCAAACCACGUCGGGCCAAGAGUAUCCAUAGCAUGCUUUUUCAAGCCACAUCUUUACCCAUCAACACGGUUGUAUGGACCGAUGAAGGAAUUAUUGUCAGAAGAUAAUCCUCCAGUUUACAGAGAGACAACAAUGCAAGAAUUCGUUGCCUACUAUAAUUCAAAGGGACUGGACGGUGUUCCUGCUUUGCUGCAUUUCAAGUUGGAAAGAACAUGAUGAAAAUUGUACUAAUUAUACUGAUCGAAGUUGUCAAAAAAGGGUUUUCUCUGCUUUCAAGUAGUAAUAACAAGGGGUAAAUGAAAUUCCAUGUUAUGCUUUUUUGUACUGUCUUGAUGAUAGUUUGCAUUUUACCCCAUUUAUUCUGUAAUUUAUGUAUCAGAUGUUACAUCCCUGUAAUUCUCGAAUAUAAGAAGUUCUUUAGCUUUCCUUGUACCAA